AUGAGCAAUGCUUUGUUUGCUAAGAACAAGAUAGGCUUUAUCGACGGAUCCAUUCCCACGCCGACUGCUGACUCAUCUGAUCUCAACCAUUGGAUGCGCUGUAACGCCAUGGUGAAAGGAUGGCUGAAGAGCGCAAUGAACAAGGAAAUCAGAAGCAGUGUCCGUUAUGCAAAGACGGCACAAGAAAUAUGGGUUGAUCUAGAGGAACGCUUCGGCAAGGGAAGUGCGCCACGUUCUUAUGAUCUAAGGAGAACCAUAGCACACACCAGGCAAGAUAAACAAUCAAUCCCUACUUACUUUACAAAGUUGAAAGGUUACUGGGAUGAGUUGAAUUCAAUCAUGCCAUGGCCAAAGUGUGCCUGUGGGGGCUUGGCUGAAGAUGAGCAACAGAAGCAGAUUUCGGCCACUUACAGACCCACGAUGGAAGCUUCUGCAUUUCAAGUGCAGAAUGAUCAAAGAGAUGGAAAACAUGAUAAGCCACGGUGUAAUCAUUGCAAUAAACUUGGGCACAUAGAAGACAAACGCUAUGAGUUGAUAGGCUAUCCGCCAGAUUGGAAAAAGGGUGGACAUGAAAAGAAGGAUAAGAAAUUUGUACUGAGAGUCGCACAAGUAAGCGAAGAUGCAACUUCGAGCCUAAUUCCAGGAAUAACAGCAGACCAAUUUUCAAAGUUGAUAGAAUUCUUCGGAACAAAUGGCAAGGAGCAAGUCUAA